UCGUAGUUCAUUCGUGUAGUAGACUUGGCACCGUGUGGAUGCAUCUCGUCCGUGUUGCUCCGUUGAGGUUUGUUUUUCGGGUCCGGUUUUCUCGCGGUCGAUUCCUGUAUUCGCCUAUUUACGUUCACUAACUUCUUUUAGCCGUCGUCAUCAAAAAUUCAGUGCCACACAGUGGUCCUAACCACCGUCCGCAUGCAGUGAGUGAGUGAUUGGGGGUCGUCUGUCGGAUUUGUUAUUUUUCAUUGGAUCUCAUCGUGUGUGAGAUUGUACACAGUGUGUGGUAUCAUCGUAUGCUGAGUUUUGGUGUGUUUACAGACGACGAAGGAAAAAAAGUGUUGAAUUCAUACUGUUUUUGAUAGAUUUGAACAAGGUGAGCUCGGAGAAGAACAAGAAGCAUCUGUUGCAGCCGGACGCAGGCUAGUGUGUAGUGGGCGGUGAAAGGAGAAGAACGAAAACAUCGAGCCAAAGAAGGCCACACCAACGACGAAAGGUCCCCUCCUUUCGCUGAAAUAACCAUAGUGGCCAACUCGCUCGUGGUCAGGCUGAACCCGUUCCCCCAGGGGGGCAGGCACCCCACCAGAGCUGGCUAAGCGGUGUGCGAAUAUCUCCGGCAGUGGUCACAAGUUGCCAUCACAACACUCCACUCCACGUCCCGUAUGCGUGGUGCCGCCAGCGAACUCAAAAAGGCAGAAACAACGAAAAAUGCAAUUUGUCGUUUGAUCGAUGUGAUAGGAAUAAGCGAUGACCAAAAGCGACACGAAUAUUAGCCGUUGAGUGUGGCCAAAACGGAAAAAAAUGCCCGUUUCUGUGUGAACGUCGUCGAAGUCGAAAAGUGAAAGACCGCGCGCGGCUCACGCUUUCACUGUCCAUUUCGGGUCGUCUGUUGGCUGGGGUGGGCUUGCCCGCAAUAUUCUGGCCGACCGUCGGAUUGUGGUGUUUAGUUUGUGCGCGGUGUGACAGGUUUGGUGCUUUCCGGCCGCCCCCAGUGAGAGGAAGAAUUGAAGUGAAGGGCGACGACGGGUAACGAGGAGAAUUUGAAAUCGCUUUGGGUGCGCGGUUUGGCGAUAACCUGAUUUUGUGGAGCAAUCGCAAUGCGUAUUAUGUAUUGGCAGUGACGUAAUAUCUUAUUUGAAAAGACACUGCAUUUUAAUCAGUAAAAGGAAGAAAAAGAAGAUUCGAUAUCGGAAGUGGUGGUAGAUCGGGUAUUGUCCGAGCUGAGUAGAAGUCACAAGGGAAGUGUGUUGAAUGUGAGUGUCGCAGGGAUUUGGAACGCCGUUCAAAAUGGGAUUUUCGUCGGCGCUACAAGGGCGCGCGGCGCACGAAGCGUUGCUCAAUCGGCAAGAAGCCGAACUGAAGCUGCUCGACACAAUGAAACGCUGCAUGAUUCAGAAGAGCAAGUGCGACAAAGAGUACGCUGCAUCGCUGGUUGCCGUGACACAGCACGGUCUCAAGAUCGACCGCAGCGAUGAUCUUCAAGGCAGUCACAUCACUCGCGCCUGGCGGACCUUCAUGGAAGAGCUGGAGCACACGGCCAAGCAAAUCAAAGCCAACGCCGAACAGUUGGAGUCGGUCUGCCUGGACAAGUUGGCCCACUUGUACCAGGACAAGCGGCGCGUGCGAAAGCAGUACCAGGAGGAGCACACCAAGAUUGCCACCAAGUUUAGCCAUAUGACAGAGGAUGUCGCCCGGAAGAAAGGCGAAUAUCAAAAGCACCUGGAGUACUACAAAAUGCUGCGGGGGCGAUUCGAGGAAAUCAGCAAAUCGGGUCGCUCCGGUCGAAAACUAGAUGACGUCAUCGACAAGUACCAGAAAGCUUGCCGAAAGCUGCACUUAGCGCAUAACGAGUACGUCCUACUGCUGAGCGAAGCGGCGGAAAUCGAGAAAGACAUCCGCACUAUCCUAAUGCCCGGCCUUCUGGAACACCAACAGUCCCAACAGGAGGCAUUCAUUCUGACGUGGCGAAAUCUCCUCCAAGAAAUGUCCAAACUAGGCGACGCCACUUCGGACAAAUUCAGCGAAAUCCAGCAGCGGAUAGAGACCAACAUCAACAGUAUCAGCCCGGCGGAGGAGUACCGGGAGUUCACCGAAAAGCACAAAACGACCCCAACCGCACCGGUAGUGUUCCAGUUCGACGAAUCGCUCAUCGAGGACAGCCUAGGGAAGUUGCAGGCCAACACCCUAACGGUGGACAACCUGACGGUGGAUUGGCUCAAGUCGCGUCAGACGGAGCUCGAGGGUUCCAUCAAAGAACUGCAGGAGUCGCAGAGUAAACUGUGCCAGGAACAGAACGGCGGUAGCGCGACGGUGAAUGGUGGCGGUGGCACCAAACCGUCGACGCCUAUACUGAACGGGUCGAACGGAACUAGCGUUAAGGAUAGUAGUAAUAAGAAUUCCAAGGAACUGAUAGCGCUCCGAUGCCAGGAACGGCAAAUGCAGAAGCAGGUAGAGAUGAUAAGGGCCGCUCUAAACGACGUGGGCUGUGAGGAGCUGCCAUCCGGGUGCGACGAUCUGUCCACAAUGGAGCAUCUGAUCGAGAACAAAAAAUCCGUUAGCCAAGAUCUGUCGGAGGACUCACAUAAUACAUCAACGACUCCGUUCUUCUCGACGAAGGGUGGAGCGGCCAGCGGGGUAAUGUCACUGCUCAGGGAUCAAUUCCGUCGCAAAUCAGCCGGCCCUAUUGCCGGUGCCACUUCGUUACUUACCAUUAAGGAUUCACCAGCAUCAACGCCCCGACCUGGUCAAAAAAUCAUGUCUACGCUGCUGCGAAAUGGCAACGGAAAUGCCAACACUAAUGGCAUUACGAAUGCUUCAUCAACGGUAAAUGAUUGUGAGACCCCGCUGAGUGAAGAGAAUGUGUACGUUGAGCCUGUUGAGUUGCCCAGAGUUGAUAGUACUAACCGCCCUGAUCCGGAAUAUCCGGAAAAUCGUGUGUCCACUAACACUUACGUUGAUAUGGAAGCUAACCUGCUGCAGGUCGACGCGGCCGAUACUAACGAAGUCCACGUGGAGCUUAGGUUUGAUGACAGCUUUACUAACCACCAUCAGCACAACAUGCUGAGCUGUGAUGACGGGGUUGCGAGCUACAAGCGACUAAAGGGUAGUGAGGAGAGUGAGGUCAUGUUGCUGAAUUCCUUGAACUCGCCAGAGAAUCAAUCCACCUCAGAUGAACUGUUUGUGAACGAAAUAAAUGAUUCUAAGAACAAUCUACUCCAAGAGGAUAAUUAUGAGGUGCCAAGAGGAAUGUUGGCUUCUUCUAUAGAUGCCCAUUUAGAUAGUAUAGAUGAAUUAAACUCGAAAUUGGACCAGAAACUAUUCUCGAAGGCUACGGAGCAGCACGAUUAUUGCAAUGUUUCAUCAAACGCUGAAGAACCACACCAGUUAACUGCUACAAAAAUCGAAAAAGGUCCAGAGAAAGCAAGCUUUCGCGACAAAAUAAAAAGGAAGAUUAAGAUCAAAAGCGCGUCCUCCGAUCAAGAUCGGGAUCAGAAGCUUGAUGAAACGGACGAACCGAGCAAUAGCUUUGCCGAUAGGCUGAGAAGCAAAGUGUCAAAUUUAAAGAAGAACGACAAUGAUCAAUUCAAGCUUAUGAAGAAUGAAAACGAAUUGGCGGAAACCUCGAAGGAAGGAGAGGACCGGAAGCAAAAGAAAAAGAAGAAGAAGCGCAGCAAAAAUCGCAAUCACACGUUCUCUGAGGAUGAACUACUUGGUGGCGACGAUGGAGAUGAAUCGAAACUGAACGAAUCGGACCAUCCUAACUCACCGGGUGAAGGUUGCGUAGGAGCUGAGGAAAAAUCGACCUCCUUUUCCAGUUCUGUUAUGUCCACUUUUAGGGAAAUAAUGCAUUCUACCAACAAGGUGAAAGAUUCAUCCCUAAAUAUGGCUCUACGCCAGCAUAACCCUAUAAGUGGUUCGGCCGGCAGGGAAGAAAAAAUGGAUCUAAUUAGCAACGGAAAGGAUACCACCAACAAUCGACUAACAGCGAUAAAGUUCAUUUUCUCCGAUAACCGCCAGCAAACCGAUUCAGCGGGUUCGACCCCAACCACCCCAGAACACCUCAUCGUCAGUUCACCAGACGAUGAUACGACCGAAUCCCAUUACUCCCUUCCCACAAACAACAGCGGCGGCAAUGGCAUAAGUAAGUGUACUGAGGCGACCACCACCGAUAGCAGUGCCAAAGGCGCGACGGAGCACAGCUCCAUUAGCACCGGUGGUGGUUCGUCGAAACUAUCAUCACUAUUGAAGCACAAUCUCAAAAACCGUUUCAAUAAACUACACCAGAAAAUGCCCAAAUUGCUGCAGCACAGCAGCAGUAACAGCCCGGUACCGAAGGCCCCAUGCCGAGCGUGUAGUCGUCGCUUCCGGCAGCUACAUCCCAGCAAAACCGUGCUCGAUUUCACCAAAGAAUUUCCCGACGGGGCUCGGUUUUGUCGUAAUCAUGGGGGAGACUACGACGGUUCCGAAGGGCAGGAUCAAGAGGACGACGGUGAGGACUGGGGGGUAUCCGAGAUGCUCAAUCUCGAUUACGAGGAUAUUGACGUUAUUACCUUUAAGACCCAUAACUAUGCUACUACAACUAAUACCACUACCACUGCUACUGAUGCUGUUGUUGUUGUUGCUGCUGCAGCUGCUGUUGCUACUACUACUGCCGCUACUACUAGGGAAGUUGUUGAAGAUAAUGGUGAUGAUGAUAAUAAUGGCGAUGGUAUGACGCUGUCCACGAAUCGACCGCUCUACGAAGAAGAAUGGUUCCACGGAGUGCUGCCCCGCGAGGAGGUGGUCCGAUUGCUGCGUAACGAAGGCGACUUCCUGGUGCGCGAAACGACCCGCAACGACGAAAGCCAAACCGUGCUCAGUGUCUGCUGGAACGGACACAAGCACUUCAUCGUUCAGACCACGGCCGAGGGUCAUUACCGUUUUGAAGGUCCUGCAUUUCCCAGUAUACAAGAACUGAUCCUGCACCAGUACCAAUCGGAGUUGCCAGUAACGGGACGAUCCGGGGCGGUUCUUCGCAAACCAGUAUUAAGGGAACGGUGGGAACUGAGCAAUGACGAUGUGAUACUUUUGGAUAAGAUCGGACGGGGUAACUUCGGCGACGUAUACAAAGCGAAACUGAAAUCGUCAAAGAAUACCUCGGUGGCGGUGAAAACGUGCCGGAUGACGCUACCUGAGGAGCAGAAGCGAAAAUUCCUCCAGGAGGGACGCAUCCUCAAGCAGUACGAUCAUCCAAACAUCGUGAAGCUGAUCGGUAUCUGCGUGCAGAAGCAACCGAUCAUGAUUGUGAUGGAGCUGGUUUCCGGUGGGUCGCUGUUGAUGUUCCUGAGGAAGAAUGCGACGACUUUGACGCAAAAGCAGCUGAUGGCGAUGUGCCGCGAUGCGGCGGCAGGGAUGCGCUAUCUGGAAUCGAAGAACUGCAUUCAUCGGGAUCUCGCUGCUAGAAAUUGCCUAAUCGGCAAUGAGAACAUUGUCAAAAUCUCAGACUUCGGAAUGUCUCGCGAGGAAGAAGAAUAUAUUGUGUCGGGAGGAAUGAAACAAAUUCCCAUCAAGUGGACCGCCCCGGAAGCUCUCAACUUCGGCAAGUACACUUCUCUGUGCGACGUAUGGUCGUACGGCAUCCUGGUGUGGGAGAUCUUCAGCCGUGGUGAUACGCCCUAUUCCGGGCACAGCAAUUCCCGUGCUCGCGAGCGCAUCGACGAGGGCUACCGAAUGCCCGCUCCGGAAAACACCCCGCCAGAGAUGUACCGAUUGAUGCUGAAGUGCUGGUCCUACGAACCGGAAAAUCGGCCACACUUUGACGAGAUCUAUACCGUGGUGGACGCCUUGAUGAUGUGCGCCAAGGACUAGCGAAGGACCAAGGCGACCGCGGCUCCGCUGCGGUCCAAACAACGAUGUCUUUCUUGCAGCAGUAGAAGACCAAAGCCAACUGCGGCGUUCUUCGCGAAACGGCAACCGCGUAGAAGGGCGUACCUUUGCUCAUCGGUAGCCAUGGCGGUGGCCGCCAAAGCUUAAUGGUUCUCGUUGUUUUAAUUUAUUUCUGUAUGAUGCACUUAAGUGGUUGAUCCCCAUUGCAGCGAAAAUUUUCAUUUUAUCUAGGUUGUCGAACCCGGUUCAUCGUUUUAGAAAAUAAUCAUGCCGCCAACAUGGCACUUCUCGUCCUUGGGUAAUAAUUAUUUCUAAACGAUAAGACCGGAAUCAAAAUUUUUGGAAGAUUCAUUAAGUACGCCACGCGAGCUGUCUUCGACCCCGCAUGUCCCUUUUAUGCACACACAGAAAGCGUAAUGUACUGCAUGAACGCUUCCUUAGAGAUUUUUAUCAUCGGGAACAGAACUAUUCUGAGCCUUUGAUACUGGAAAAAUGCAAGGAUCAUAUUACGCAAGUGUUAGAAAGUAUCUCUUGAGUUGCCUGCUUUUAUAUUCCGUUAAACAACGAACAAGUGCACAAAAUAAUGUUUUUUAUGGAAAUGUCGAUAUAGUUGAGAUUUGUUUGGUAAUUAGAGAAAGAUUUAGGUAUCGUUUAUGAACAGAUUGUAUGACUGUGCUGAAAGUGGCCAAAAAUAAGAAAAGAAACGAGAGAAUGAUUGUUAGCUAGUGAUAGUGUACGUAAUCUGAAGUGAGUUGAAACUGAGAAGAGGGAAACAUGUUUGUGAUGUGACAAGAUUUUAUCGAAUUAGUUAAGGCGUUAGCUUGUUAGGCAGUUUAUAUCUAUGAAUUGAUCUGAAAGUAUAUCGUAAUAGUAACUCAAAAAAGGAACAACAUACAGACCUAAACGCUUAUGCUAGCAAAUGGACGCGCUGGAAUGACUUUGAUGUAAGUAUUUGCAUGCCAGGCUUAUUUAAAAUUUAGAGGAUUAUUACAAUUGAACCACACUAAUAUUCGUUCAUCGAGAAUCGUUAUUCUUCUCAAAAUACUGUAAAAGUAAGGUUUCUCCGAAGUGUUCCGCCGUAGGAACAGUGUUUGGCUUCCCCUCUAUGAAAGCAUUUCUGCCAUUUCCUCUCUCCAAGCCGUAGAGGGGAAGAAAAACCAAUUCCUUGCCUAGGCGAACUGGAAGCACGUAUCCAACGGUUUAUAUACAAAUACAAAACAUUAAACAGCAUAUUUAAAUGUAAUACUCUCUUUUGAUCCUACACAACAGAAACUACUAGAAACCGACUGCUACUAAAUGCAACUACAUACAUACUUACAAUUAUAAGUUGAAGCAAUUUUGGAAUCGAAUUGAACGAGUAUCCUUCGAAAAUCAAAAUACAACUGUAAUAUUUACAUACUAUAAUAAUAAAUAUUACGCUUAAAGUAUUUUAUAAAAAAAA